UCUUUUUAUUUUACAUUUCCUGUUUCAAGAGCUGUAAACGUGUUAAUCAAGUAAUUGUCUUCAUAUAAAAUGCCAUACUCUACAAUAUUUUAUACCUCCUGUACCUUUGCUUUCCCCGUUGUAGUCAACGCCCUGUGUUUAUAACUGAGUUUCAUCCAUGGCGUUAACCCUGAAGAAGAAGAAGAAGGAGAAGAAACAUAAAAUCCAAAAAAACACAACAAUUGAUGGAUUUCGAAUGGGUGAAGAACUACUUGGAAAAAACCAGAACCUCUAGUGCAUCGUCAAAUGAUAUCGAUUCCACCCCUUCUAAGUUGUUCGAAGCAAUAAUCAUGUGGGGCCUUAAACUAGAUCGAAUCGAUCACGGUCGAGUCAUCUGCUCCAUGAAACUUCCUCCUAGAUUGCUGAACGUGGAUAGUUCGUUGCACGGCGGAGCGAUGGCGGCGCUGGUGGAUGUGAUUGGUGGAGUUGCAAUUCGGACCGUAACCAAUACGACCACCACUGGAGUUUCAAUGGAGAUUAAUGUUUCCUAUUUGGAUGCUGCCUAUGUUGGGGAUGAGAUUGAAAUAGAAGCAAACGUGUUGCGUGUUGGGAAGGUUGUUGCUGUUGCGACUGUAGAAUUUAGAAAUAAAAAGAAUGGAAAGACAAUCGCGCAAGGGCGCCAUACCAAGUACCUUGCUGUGUCAAGUAAAUUAUGAAAUACAUGUAAUCUUCUUGUAUAGAAAGAGAUCCUCUGUAACACGUAUCUACGUAUUUAUAAACGAAAUUGAAGAUGACAAUGACAUAUUUACAUUUUUAAUAUAUUCUAUGUUUAUGUAUCAUGGAUUGAUAUGAAGAAACCAUAAUUAUGUACAUAUCUUUCCUGAA